AUGUGCGGCGGUACUACUAACGGCGCCGUUGAGCGCAACCCUGGCCUUACCAUGUCGGCCACCGAGCUGAUCGGCAACACUCCCCUCGUCCGCCUCAACAAGAUCCCCCAAUCGCUGGGCAUCGAGUGCGAGGUCUACGCCAAGGUCGAGCUCUUCAACGCCGGCGGCAGUGUCAAGGACAGGAUAGCCCUUCGCAUGAUCGAGGAGGCCGAGAAGGAGGGCCGCAUCAAGCCCGGUGACACCCUCAUCGAGCCCACCAGUGGUAACACUGGUAUCGGUCUCGCCCUCGUUGGCGCCAUCAAGGGCUACAAGACCAUCAUCACCCUCCCCGAGAAGAUGUCCGCCGAGAAGGUCUCCGUCCUCCGUGCCCUCGGUGCCACCAUCAUCCGUACCCCUACCCAGGCCGCCUGGGACAGCCCCGAGUCCCAUAUCGGUGUCGCCCGCCGUCUCCUCAAGGAGAUCCCCAACUCCCACAUUCUCGACCAGUACACCAACCCCAACAACCCGCUUGCCCACGAAUUCGGCACCGCCGAGGAGAUCUGGAAGCAGACCGGCGGCAAGGUCACCGCCGUCGUUGCUGGCGCCGGUACUGGUGGUACCAUCACUGGUAUUGCUCGCGGCCUCCGCAAGCACAACAAGGACGUCAAGGUCAUUGCCGCCGAUCCCGUCGGUUCCAUCCUCGCUCUUCCCGAGAGCCUUAACGACCCCAACGCCACCGCUCCCUACAAGGUUGAGGGUAUCGGUUAUGACUUCAUCCCUGACGUCCUCGACCGCGAGUUCGUCGACAAGUGGUACAAGACCGAGGAUCGCGAGUCCUUCCACCUCGCCCGCCGCCUCAUCGCCGAGGAAGGUCUCCUCGUUGGUGGUUCUUCCGGCAGCGCCAUGGCCGCCAUGGUCCGCGCCGUCAAGGAGUUCAACCUCGGCAAGGGUGACGUUGUCGUCGUUGUCCUCCCCGACAGCAUCCGCUCCUAUCUUUCCAAGUUCGCCGACGACGACUGGCUCGCCGCCAACGGCCUCCUCUCUACCGAGGACGAUGUCAAGAAGGCCAACGGCACCAACGGCACCGCUACCGUCAAGGAGCAGCAGGAGACCGAGCAGAAGAAGACCGAUGACGCUUACGCCGGCGCCACCGUCCGCGCCCUUCGCCUCAAGCCCGUUACCUCCGUUCUCGCCGACUCGCCCUGCUCUGAGGCCAUCGAGACCAUGCGCGAGAAGGGCUUCGACCAGCUCCCCGUCCUUGCCCCUACUGGUGGCAAGCUCGUCGGUCUCGUCACCCUCGGCAACAUGCUCAGCUUCAUCCAGCGCGGCCGCGCCACCCCUGCCAGCCCUGUCUCCGAGGUCAUGUUCAAUUUCAGCCGCAUUGACGAGGUCGUCACCGACCCCCGUAAGUUCGGCAACGACCUCAAGGACAAGCAGCGCAAGUUUGUCGAGAUCACCAUGGACACCCCCCUGGCUGCUCUCAGCAAGUUCCUCGAGUGGAACGCUGCUGCGAUUGUCACUGAGAAGCAGGAUGAUGGUUCCAAGCCUGUCGCUGUUGUCACCAAGGUUGAUCUCUUGACCUACAUGGUUCGUCAGCAGUCUUAA